ACCUCGGGGGCGGGACCGCGCAGGCGCGCAGGGCACCCCGGCUCCGGAGCAUAAACAAGAGCGGGGACGGGAUGAGGCGGCGGUUGAUCCCUGAGAGGCGAGUGGCGGCGACCGAGGCGGCGAGCGGGUCCCGGCGCCGACCCUGAGAAGCCCGAGCCGCCCCCGUGCGUGCUCCCCGGGGUGGGCUGACCCGCGUGCCCAGCCAUGAACCUGGCAAGCCAGAGCGGCGAGGCCGGUGCCGGCCAGCUGCUCUUCGCCAACUUCAACCAGGAUAACACGUCCCUAGCUGUUGGUAGUAAGUCCGGUUAUAAAUUUUUCUCCCUUUCUUCUGUGGAUAAGCUGGAACAGAUCUAUGAAUGCACUGACACUGAAGAUGUAUGCAUUGUAGAAAGGUUGUUCUCAAGCAGCUUAGUGGCCAUCGUUAGCCUCAAAGCUCCUAGGAAGCUAAAAGUUUGCCACUUUAAGAAGGGAACCGAGAUCUGCAACUAUAGCUAUUCUAACACAAUACUGGCUGUGAAGCUGAACAGGCAGAGGCUGAUAGUAUGCCUAGAAGAGUCUCUGUAUAUACAUAACAUUCGGGACAUGAAGGUACUACAUACAAUCAGGGAGACCCCCCCAAACCCUGCAGGCUUGUGUGCACUAUCCAUAAACAAUGACAAUUGUUACUUGGCAUAUCCGGGAAGUGCAACCAUUGGAGAGGUGCAGGUCUUUGACACCAUUAACUUGAGAGCUGCAAACAUGAUCCCAGCUCAUGACAGUCCUUUAGCGGCAUUGGCUUUUGAUGCAAGUGGAACCAAACUUGCCACUGCUUCAGAGAAGGGGACCGUGAUUAGGGUAUUUUCCAUUCCAGAGGGUCAAAAACUCUUUGAGUUCCGGAGAGGAGUUAAAAGGUGCGUGAGUAUCUGCUCAUUGGCCUUCAGCAUGGAUGGCAUGUUUCUCUCUGCGUCCAGCAACACUGAGACUGUGCACAUCUUCAAACUCGAGACUGUGAAAGAAAAACCACCAGAAGAACCCACCACCUGGACCGGGUACUUUGGGAAGGUACUCAUGGCAUCCACCAGCUACCUGCCUUCUCAGGUGACAGAAAUGUUCAACCAGGGCAGAGCCUUCGCCACAGUCCGCCUGCCAUUCUGUGGCCAUAAAAACAUCUGCUCGCUCGCCACAAUUCAGAAGAUUCCCCGGUUACUGGUGGGAGCUUCUGAUGGGUACUUGUACAUGUACAACCUGGACCCACAGGAAGGAGGCGAGUGCACCCUGAUGAAGCAGCACAAGUUAGACGGCAGCAUGGAGACAGCCAGUGAAAUCCUGGACUCUGCCUCUCACGACUGUCCCUUAGCAACUCAGACAUAUGGCACAGCUGUAGCAAAAGGUACUUACGUGCCUUCCUCUCCAACAAGACUUGCUUAUACAGAUGAUCUGGGUGCAGUGGGUGGCGCUUGCCUGGAGGAUGAGACAAGCGCCCUUCGCCUGGAUGAAGAUAGUGAGCACCCUCCCAUGAUUCUUCGGACAGAUUGAACUGGACCUGUGAACUCUGACCCUGGAGCGGAGAACACUGGCUUGACAGAAGACUGUGCAUUGCUGCUAUGAACUUUGACCUGAAUUGAGGGAAAGGAUGGCAGAGACUUA